AUGGAUAGAAUGGAAGCGAAGCCAGCUUUGAGAGGUGCUAAGUUAAGCUUCAUAUCAUAUGAGGUCACCUUCAAGGUCGGUGAGGCCUCUAGCGGAAAAAGUCUGGAGCUCGUCACCAACGUCGCCAUCUCUAAGGUGGAGAUCAAGGAGAAGGGCAGCAAGGACUGGGUGACGCUCAAGGAGUCGUCAACUAACACAUGGACAAUCAAAAGUGAGGCGCCGCUCAAAGGACCCUUCUCCAUCCGCUUCCUUGCCAAGAAUGGUGGCUACCGUGUUGUUGACGACGUCAUCCCCGAAAGCUUUACGGCCGGCUCUAAAUAUAAGAGUGGCAUCAACAUCUAAGUGAUAGACAUGUGUGUUUUUAUUUUGAAAUAAUUCUUAACCUCUCUAUAAUUCUUUUUUAUUUCAAAAGAGAGAUCAAGUCUGCAUUCGGGGAAGCCAAUAAUUAAUUUUCUAUGGUUAUUUUGUGAAAUAUGCCAUCAACAAAAUAAAGCAUUCCGUAUGCCAUGUCUGCAUG